CAUCGUCGUCGAUCUUCUUCUCAUCAUCCAUUUCCCCCUCCAUCAUCACCCACCCUCCCCCGCCGCCAUCAUGCAGGCGCUCAAGCUGAGCAAGAAGUAUCCCGAGUUCAAGCAGGAGGAGAUCCUGGACCUCAUCAACCGCUUCCACCAAAUCGACAUCGAGGGAAACGGCGGCGUCGAGAAGGCGACUGUGAUUUCCGCACUGCAGCAGAGCGGCGACGCUGACUACGACUCUGCCCGUGAAACGCUCAAGCACGUCGACGUCGAUUCGUCCGGCAAGGUCGCGGUUGAGGACUGGGUGCAGCUGCACUCGCUGCUGCGCGCAAGCAAGAACCAGCCAGUAAUCACCUCCAACAAGGGCCGAAUCGCCGUCAAGGGCACAGCCGGCACGGGGACCAAGCACACCAUCAACGAAGAUGAGCGCACGUCGUUUACCGACCACAUCAACGGCGUCCUGGGAGGCGACCCAGACGUUGGGCACCUCCUGCCUAUUCCGACCGACACGAUGCAGCUGUUCGACGAGGUGCGGGAUGGUCUGAUUCUCUGCAAGCUCAUCAACGACUCAGUUCCCGACACCAUCGAUGAGCGUGUCCUCAACAAGCCCAAGAAGGGCAAGCAGCUGAACGCCUUCCAGAUGACGGAAAACAACAACAUCGUCAUUUCGUCAUCCAAGGGUAUUGGCUGCUCCGUUGUCAACAUUGGUCCCAGCGACAUCCAGGAGGGCCGCGAGCACCUCAUCCUCGGCCUCAUCUGGCAGAUCAUUCGCCGUGGUCUCCUGGCAAAGAUCGACAUCAAGCUCCACCCCGAGAUGUACCGACUCCUCGAGGAUGGAGAGACGAUGGAGGAGUUCCUUCGCCUUCCUCCUGACCAGAUCCUCCUCCGAUGGUUCAAUUACCACCUUAAGGCUGCCAACUGGCACCGCCGCGUCGAGAACUUCACGAAGGACGUGUCGGACGGCGAGAACUACACCAUCCUGCUCAACCAGUUGCGUCCAGACGAGUGCACCAAGGCGCCUCUCCAGACGCGCGACCUGCACCAGCGCGCAGAGGAAGUUCUGCAAGGUGCCGACCGUAUCGGGUGCCGACGCUUCCUCACCCCGAACGGUAUGGUCAGCGGCAACCCCAAGCUCAACCUCGCGUUCGUUGCGCACCUGUUCAACACGUGGCCUGGCCUCGACCCGCUUGACGAGGACGAGGCGCCGCCUGAGAUCGAGGACUUUGACGCUGAAGGAGAGCGCGAGGCGCGCGUCUUUACGCUCUGGCUCAACUCGCUGGACGUCGACCCGGGAGUAUACAACCUGUUCGAGGACCUGAAAGACGGCACCGUCCUUCUCCAGGCCUUCGACAAGGUCAUCCCCGGCUCGGUCAUCUGGCGGCGGGUCAGCAAGCCCAAGGAGGGCCAGGAACUGUCGCGCUUCAAGGCCGUCGAGAACACCAACUACGCCGUCGACUUGGGCAAGCAGAACGGGAUGCACCUUGUCGGCAUCCAGGGCUCGGACAUUGUCGACGGGACGCGCACGCUCGUGCUCGGCCUCGUGUGGCAGCUCAUGCGCAUCAGCAUCACGCAGACGCUCGCACAGCUCAGCCGCGGCGGGCGCGCCGUCACGGACCAGGACAUGGUGCGUUGGGCCAACGAGACGGUCAAGAAGGGCGGCAAGAGCAGCACGAUGCGCUCUUUCAAGGACCCGAGCCUCAGCAACGCCGUCUUCUUCCUCGACCUCCUCAACGGCGUCAAGCCCGGCAUUGUCGACUACUCGCUCGUGUCCAACUCGAAUGCCGAGGAGGACAAGCGCCUCAACGCAAAGCUCGCCAUCUCCAUUGCACGCAAGCUCGGCGCACUCAUCUUCCUCGUGCCCGAGGACAUUGUCGAGGUCCGCCCACGUCUCAUCCUCACAUUCGUGGGCGCGCUCUGGGCCGCGUCGGGCAGCCAGUAGGAAGAGAAAGAUCGCAUGCAGGGUCGGGGCAGUAUACCGCAGCAGAGUAGUCAGAUGUCAGUAAUGUUAUGAUAGCUUGUCCGGUGGCUCGCAUGGAAGCAGCGACACCU